AUGAACUACCAGACGAUGGCCAUGGCAAGGGAUGCCCACCCCGACAGCGACCUGCGGUCACGAAUCCCAGCAGCUCCUGAUCACCAUGCAGAUGACGAUGGGGAUUUGGGCGGUGAUGCCAUCGCCCAGAACGACUAUAAUGUCGCCUUCACGACAACGAGAUCGCCCGUCACUUCCGCCCAGAGCUUCACGCCGCGCUCUCUGCUCGUCGGCAUGAUUAUCGGCACCUUGAUCACCUUCACCAACACAUAUUUCGGUCUCCAGACUGGCUGGAUCAGUACCAUGGCCAUGCCAUCCGCCCUGAUCGGCUUCGCGGUUUUCAAGACCUUGUCAAAGCACCUUUCCUUUCCGUUCACUCCCGUCGAGAACGUCCUUAUACAAACGGUUGCCGGUGCGGUAGGGACGAUGCCGCUGGGAUGUGGCUUUGUGGGCGUGAUUCCAGCGCUGGAGUUUCUCUUGAGAGAGGGUGACGACGGUCCCUCAGGAGAUGGUGGCACGGGAGAGGGUGGCCCGCUCAAGGUUGGUUUCUGGAAGCUCGUCGUCUGGAGUCUUGGGGUCUGUCUCUUUGGCGUCGUCUUCGCGGUCCCGCUCCGGAAGGAGGUGAUUGUGCGCGAGAAAUUAAAAUUCCCCACUGGGACUGCGAGUGCAUUGAUGAUCAGAGUCCUACAUGGCGGUUCGCAGGCAGACGAGAAAUCGACGGCGAGCCACAAACGCCCUGGAAACGAACUGGAGAGCGAAGCACUCUUGCCAGCCGAACAAUCCACAACCCCGGUCUCACGAGCGGAACGAAGUAUCGCUACAAAGGACAGCCGGAAAGAUUGGAAGUCCAAGAUACGACUGCUUGUGGGGGCGUUUGCGGUGUCUGCGUUCUAUACCCUGUUCUCUUAUUUCAUCCCUCAACUCCGCGACGUCCCGAUCCUUGGGGUUUCCCUCGCUCAGAAUUGGCUGUGGACCCUUAAUCCUUCCCCUGCAUAUGUCGGCCAGGGAAUUAUUAUGGGCCCGUCCACAUCGAUGCACAUGCUAGUUGGCGCGAUCUUCGGAUGGGCAAUUCUGUCACCUCUCGCGAAGUAUAAAAACUGGGCACCAGGACCGGUGAAUGACUGGGAGAAUGGAAGCAAAGGGUGGAUUGUUUGGGUAUCUCUCGCGAUCAUGCUGGCUGAUUCUAUAAUCAGCUUGGGUUGGCUUAUCAUCAGGACCUUGCUUGGAUAUGCCCCGAGGCUGAGACCAAAGCCUCGGUCUAUUCACCGCGAUGGAUGGUCCUGGUUCAGUCUUUUUAGCCUUGAACGCCGUUCGCGUGUCGGCUAUUCCGCCCUCAACUCCUUGCCUGGAACAGAGUCAAGUGCAGGUAACGGGAGCAACACCGACAAUGAUGAUGCACCGCCAUCUCAGCUGGUAUCAGCGCGAACGGUCAUCAUCUUGCUUCCGCUGACCCUUGCUUUGAACGUUAUUUGCAUGCACAUUGCAUUCGGUAGCAUUAUCACCCCGUUUCUCUCCAGCAUGGCUACUCUCCUAGCCCUGCUGCUCUCGAUCAUGGGCGUUCGUGCCCUCGGGGAGACUGAUCUCAAUCCUGUUUCAGGCAUCAGUAAACUGACUCAGCUCAUCUUCGCCUUGGUGACGCCUGCUGCGCAGCAUACGCGCCGCUCGGCCAUUGUGACCAACCUUCUUGCUGGCGCGGUGUCUGAGUCGGGCGCUCUUCAGGCCGGGGACAUGAUGCAGGAUCUGAAGACUGGCCAUCUCCUAGGUGCGAGUCCCAAAGCGCAGUUUUACGGGCAGUUGAUUGGCAGUCUCGUCGGAGCUGUGAUUUCGACCGCUGUCUACAAGAUGUACGUGAAUGUGUAUGAUGUCCCUGGCCAGAUGUUCCAGGUGCCUACGGCGUAUGUCUGGAUCUUCACUGCCCGUCUUGUGACUGGGCAGGGCUUGCCUCCGAUGGCGUGGCAAGCAUCCAUGAUUGCUGGUGCUGUGUUUGUUGUCACGUCGAUCCUGAGGAUCAUGGAUGCCUACAGAAGGGCUGGAUCUCGAUCCUGGAGUGCCUUGAUACCUGGGGGGAUUGCCGUUGCUGUCGGCAUGUUCAACGUGCCCUCGUUCACGCUGGCGCGGGCCAUCGGAGGAGCGAUUGCAUGGUGGUGGUCGCGACGGCAGAAGCGUAGCACCACUAAUCCCGACAGUCUCGUAGACAACCAUUUACACCAUCAUGACCCUGCAACACCAGAACCAGUCGCAACGCUAGACGUUGCAGAGGAAACAGCAGACGACCCUGACACCACCACCGCCGAAGACGACUCUUCCUCGACAGUGGUCGUUCUUGCAUCCGGUCUCAUCCUCGGCGAAGGAGUCAUCAGCAUUCUGAACCUCGUUCUAGCUAGUUUUGGUGUACCGCAUCUUUGA